AUUUCAACCCAAGGUAUAGCCCUGCUCUUAGAUCAUCAUCUGGAAGCCCUUCAAGGCCCGUUGAGAAAAUUCAACUUUGGUAUUUCAGCUCGUCGAUAAGCUCAACACAAGUCGUCGGGCGCACCCUUGCUUGCGGGAUCGGGAACAACUCUUAGCGAGCACCCAACCUCGGCGCCUCAACCUCAGGCGAGAGUCGAAAAAAAAUCUAGUGCCUCACGAAGCCCUACCCCAUCGAAUGCGCGCAACCGCUUGAUCCCCGAGUACCGGCCGCAACCUCACAGCUCCACGACGACCGCAAUGAGCUGGCUCCUCAACAUCAUGGCCGGCCCGCCGCUCCUGAUAAUAUUCCUCCGCACCAUCUCCAUCAUCCUGCCACGCAGGCUCGCGCAGCUUGCGUCCUUCGCCGCCUUUUUCCUCGCGUCCAUGAUCAUGUUGGGCAUCUGCGCCAUGUACGGCGUCUUCGCCAGUAUAUUUCUGCGGAUAAUUGGAUACGGGGGCCUUUCCCAGUGGACUGUGGCUCGCGCGUUCAAGUGGACAAUGUGGCUGUCAACCGGCGUGUCUUUCGUUGUGACAGACAGCGGGAAGAUCGAGGGCGGGCGCAGAGGUGGUGAGGAGGCAUUGCAGACCCGGCCCGCCGUCUUCGUGGGCAACCAUCAGACGGAACUCGACGUCCUCAUGCUCGGCUGCGUCUUCCCCAAGUACAUUUCCGUGACCGCAAAGAAGUCCCUCCAGUGGACGCCGGUCCUCGGCUGGUUCAUGGCCCUGUCCAAGACCGUCUUCAUCGACCGGGCGAACCGCACGACCGCGCGCGCAGCCUUCGACGGCGCCGCCAAGACCAUGCACUCGGAGCGCCAAUCCGUCUUCAUCUUCCCCGAAGGCACGCGCUCCUACGCCGAGAAGCCCGAACUGCUGCCCUUCAAGAAGGGCGCCUUCCAUCUCGCCAUCCAGGCCCAGGUGCCCAUCGUGCCCAUCGUCACCGCCAACUACAGCCAUGUGCUCAACGUCAAGAAGAAGAUCUUCAACCCCGGCGCCGUGGACGUUAGCGUGCUGCCGCCGAUUCCGACAAAGGGAUUGACAACUGCGGACGUGGAUGCGCUGGUGAAGAGGACGAGGGAUGCUAUGUUGGACGAGCUGAUUCGGCUCUCGCAUGUUUCGGGCACGGGGAAUGGCGUGCCGCUUCCGAGGGCGUCGGGGAGAGACGAAGACGAGAAGGCUGAGCUGAGGAAGAGGUAUUGAUCUUGCAUGGCGAGGCGUCGCGGGAUGGGAUUCGGAGUAUGCGGCGUUCAGAACGGCACUAUGGGAGAUAUCCAUGGAGAUGGUAGGACGGCGUUGUCUCGACUAGCAUGUAGACUUGCAGCCCUGAGCAGCUUUGAGAGAAAACUCGGCAUCGAUAACUAUAUGUCGCAAUGAAAGCAUUUCCGUAGCUGGUAC